CAGAGGCGGUGGCCCGGCUCCCGGAGGCUGUCGCGGAGCUUCCCCCCGCGGGUCCCCUGGAGGGGGCGCGGGCUCACCGAUGUCCGUGAGGAGGUGCCUGGUGGGCCUCACCUUUUGCACCUGCUACCUGGCUUCUUACCUCACGAACAAGUAUGUCCUGUCUGUCUUGAAAUUUACCUACCCUACAUUAUUCCAAGGGUGGCAGACCUUAGUUGGUGGACUUUUGCUUCAUGUGUCAUGGAAGCUGGGCUGGGCCGAGAUCAACAGCAGCUCAAGAUCUGAUGUUUGGACUUGGCUUCCUGCUUCCGUGUUGUUUGUGGGUAUAAUCUAUGCUGGUUCCAGGGCACUAUCCAAACUGGCCAUUCCUGUGUUUCUCACUUUGCAUAAUGUAGCUGAAGUUAUCCUCUGUGGGCACCAGAAGUGUUUUCGGAAAGAGAAAACUUCUCCUGCAAAGAUCUGUAGUGCCCUCUUCCUCCUGGCUGCCGCAGGAUGCCUUCCCUUCAAUGACCCCCAGUUUGAUCCCGGUGGAUAUUUCUGGGCUGUAAUUCACUCAUUCUGCGUAGGGGCAUAUAAGAUACUGCAGAAGGCCUGGAAACCCAGUGCGCUAAGCGACAUUGACCAGCAGUACUUAAACUAUAUGUUCAGCGUGGUGCUUCUGGGACUUGCGUCUCAUCCCACAGGUGACCUCUUCAGCGUCCCGGACUUCCCGUUCCUGUAUUUCUACAGAUUCCAUGGCAGCUGCUGUGCCAGUGGAUUGUUAGGAUUCUUUCUCAUGCUCAGCACAGUGAAGCUGAAAAGCCUUAUGGCCCCAGGGCAGUGUGCAGCCUGGAUUUUCUUUGCUAAGUUUGUUCCAUUUGUCUUCUUGGAGUUAGAGCACUUUGGUUGCAAGGAUCCAAUCACCGGUUGUUAUCCCUGCAUUGCCCUUUCUCCCCCGCAAGGGAUUUUCACCUGGGAAAACAAAUGUUUUUCUUCAGGUGAGAGUAAGAGUUCUGUGAUCAGUAAAUACUUCUUCAUGAAAGUAUUUCCCGCCCCCCACCUGGUAUUGGGGUUGAGCUACAGCUGCGUGAGCUACUCGGAUCUCCAUAAGUCCUGGUGUAUCUUCUGUGAGGUCAGUAAUGGUUAUUCUUCUUUUCCUCAACUUGUACUCGGGCAGUUGACUGUUUGCUUUAUGGAUUAUGUAAGGCCUACUUCGGUUUCCAUACUCAUGCUUCUUAGGGGGUUUUUGUUUUUCCUGACAGUUUUUUUCAAGUUGCUCUGUUGGAACAUGUUACAUUCAGCAGAGAUUUGUAGAGUGAGGAGACAGUAGUGAGGACAGACAGGUAGCCCAGCUGUGGAUCAGAAUUCCCCUCUAGCAGUGUCACCUUGGAAAGAUUAUUUCACUUCCAUAUGUAUCAGUUUUCUUCUCUGUAAAAUGGGAAUCAUGUAGAUGUUGCAGGGAUUGUAUGAAAUAAUGUGUGUUGAGUAUUUUACCGUGGCUAGUAUAGUAUUACUUGAAAAGAAUGAGCUUUUCCUUCACAGAUCGAGAAAUGUUGGAUGUGUUGUUUGCAUUGUGGGUUCAGCUACAAUUUCAGAGCUGCUGAUAUAGGUUGAGAGCCUUCGCUUCCAGUUAGUUCCAUUUUGCUACUCUAUUGUCAAGAGAGAUCUAAAAUGACCAGAUCCAAGUGACACCCUAGGUUUCGAAGUGCUUUUUUCAAUUUUUCAAAGAAUUCAGAGAAUCUAAGUUACCAUGGAAUUUCUACACAGGUGUUGAUUAAAAAAUAUAAAGAAGAAAGAAAAAUGAAAAGAAAGAAAGAAAGAUAUCAGCCAUGGCAUGAAAUAAAGAUUGUUGACUGGGUGUUCAAGAGGGAAACGGCAGCUUUCAGCCUGGACUAGGUUAGUGGUAAGGAAAUGGGGCAUUGAGACAGAAGUGGUAUCAAAUCUGAUGUGGAACCACACAUGCACCAGAGCUGCCAAAACUGUAGAGACUGACAAUACCUAGUGUUGGCGAGGACAAAGAAUAGCAUUUCUGGCUUAGAAAACACUACAGCUAAACGAGGUCCCACUCCGGGCAAGUACCCGGGAGAAAUGAAGGCGGAUACACACGUGUACAUUUCCUCUCAUCUCCUUGUAAUCCCUGUGUUUUGUCUGUAACCACUGUCUUUUUAAGCUUCUUGAAAAUUCUCACUGAAAUAAGUCAGGGAAUGAAUAAAAUCUCCCAUCCCCUUUAAAAAAAUUUUUUAAGUGAGAGACUAAAAUUUAAUCCCUGAGAAAUACUUUGUAGAUGA